UUGGUAGUAAACUAGUAACCCAUUGGGUCGGGUCGGGUCUGGUCGGGCUUUCGAUGUCACAACAUCCGCAUCUCACUCUCUAGAUCCUUCUUCUUCUUCCCCGGCACUUGAAGUUCAAACCUUAAACCCUAGCACAUCUCCUCCUCUAAACCCUAAAACCCUAAGAUCAAAUUAACAAUGUAUCGCGCAACUUCUUCGAUCGCUUCUUCAAUCAUCAGGGCCACUGCAUCAAAGAAAAAGGUUUGGGGUGGUAGAGCUCUGUUGACGAGGAACUAUGCGGCAAUGGACAUCAAUUUUGGCGUGGGAGCUCGUGCUGCGAUGUUGCAGGGAGUUCAGGAGCUUGCGGAUGCUGUCAAGGUUACAAUGGGACCAAAGGGACGGAAUGUAAUUAUUGAGAAAAGUCAUGGAGAUCCUAAGGUCACAAAAGAUGGUGUUACAGUUGCGAAAAGCAUCGAGUUCAAGGAAAGAGCAAAAAAUGUUGGUGCUAAUCUUGUAAAGCAGGUUGCUAGUGCUACCAACACUGCCGCAGGAGAUGGCACAACUUGUGCUACUGUGCUAACUCAAGCAAUACUCAGUGAAGGUUGCAAGUCUGUGGCAGCUGGUGUGAAUGUCAUGGAUUUGCGUAAUGGUAUAAAUAUGGCGGUGGAUGCUGUCUUGUCUCACUUGAAAAGCAAAGCUUGGAUGAUAAAUACACCGGAGGAAAUCACUCAGGUGGCAACUAUUUCUGCAAACAGUGAAAGAGAAAUCGGGGAGCUGAUAGCUAGAGCAAUGGAAAAAGUUGGAAAAGAAGGUGUCAUCACUGUUGCUGAUGGUAAUACAUUAUAUAACGAGCUGGAAGUGGUGGAGGGUAUGAAAUUAGCGAGGGGUUAUAUAUCUCCCUAUUUUAUUACAGAUGAAAAGACCCAGAAAUGUGAACUUGAUAAUCCAUUAAUCCUUAUUUAUGGCAAAAAAAUCUCGGACAUGAAUUCUCUUGUCCGGAUAUUGGAGCUUGCUGUAAAGAAAAACAGAGCUCUCUUAAUUGUUGCCGAGGAUGUGGAAGGUGAUGCCCUGUCAAUGCUUGUAUUGAACAAGCAUCAUGCUGGUGUCAAGGUCUGUGCUAUCAAAGCUCCUGGUUUUGGUGAAAAUAGAAAAGCAAAUUUGGAGGAUCUUGCCAUUCUUACUAGUGGUGAGGUUAUUGAUGAAGAUCGUGGCCUUUCUCUUGAUAAUGUCAAGCUAGAUAUGCUUGGUACCGCCAAAAAGGUCACUGUUUCUCAGGAUGAUACUAUUGUAUUACAUGGCGGUGGUGACAAAAAGCUUAUUGAAGAGAGGUGUGAACAGCUGAGAACAUCUAUUGAAAGAAGCACUGCUAUGUUUGACAAGGAGAAAGCACAAGAACGACUAUCAAAGCUUUCAGGAGGUGUAGCUGUGAUUAAGGUUGGUGGAGCUAGUGAGGCUGAAGUUGGUGAGAAGAAGGAUAGGGUUACCGACGCUUUAAGUGCUGCAAGAGCUGCUGUUGAAGAGGGUAUUUUGCCUGGUGGUGGUGUGGCUCUUUUAUAUGCUACUAAGGAGUUGGGUAGAAUUGAAUCAUCCAAUAGCGACGAGAAAAUAGGCGUUCAGAUCAUUCAAAAUGCUCUGAAGGCACCUGCUUACACUAUUGCUGCAAAUGCUGGGGUUGAUGGUGCUGUUGUUGUUGGCAAACUACUAGAACAGGAUGAUUUCAAUUUGGGAUAUGAUGCUGCUAAAGGUGAGUAUGUUGACAUGGUAAAAGCUGGAAUCAUCGAUCCCCUUAAAGUUAUCAGAACUGCUCUUGUAGAUGCAGCAAGCAUCUCGGUACUAUUGACAACCACUGAGGCAGCAGUUGUAGAGCGUGCAGAUGCAAAAGCUAGCAAAUCACCAAGUCGCAUGCCAGACAUGGACGAUUAUGAUUACUAAUGAGGUUGAUUAAAGGGAAAGUUUUUAUUUUAGUUGAGUUUUUGCUACAGAGGAUAGUUUCCAGUAAGGGAGUUUUGAAACUGAUUUUAACCAGUGAUUUUUACUUGCCAAAAUCGAGAAUAUUGAGUGGUCAUAUUUGGAUCAUAUUGUUGUAAAAAUCGUGGGGUUUUUAAUGGUUAGCCACUAGCCAGGCAACUCUUGUUCUAAAAAUAUCAGAAGGUUGGCAUUAGAUAAUUAUAUUCGGAAGGUUGAUGUUAUUAGGCUGGAAUCCUAUAAUGUGAUAAACCCACAUAUUUAUCAUAAAUUUCUGUUAUCGUUGAUGAA